AUGGACUCGAGAAAGACGAGCUCGAGGCUGCCGUCCCUCCGAGCCGUGGAGGAGGUGCUGCCAAUGUACGCACCGCGAAUGCAGCUGGGAGCGGGCUCAUUCGGACGGGUGUUUCUGAUGGAGCACCGACAGACGGGCGGCAAGGUAGCCGUCAAGACGCUGAAGAAGGAACGGAUAGUGGAGCUGGGGAUGCAGGACAAGGUGCGGCGGGAGAUCAGCAUUCUCCUGCGCGUGCGUCAUCCCAACGUCAUCCGUCUCUACAACGUCGUCGAGACGCCCAAGUACAUCCUCCUGCUGAUGGAAUACGCCGAAAACGGCGAGCUAUUCGACUACAUCACGCAGCGCGGGCGGCUGACGGAGGGCGAGGCGCGGCGAAUCUUCCAGCAGAUCGUGGCGGGAGUGGAGUACUGCCACCGUCGCAUGGUGGUGCAUAGGGAUCUCAAACCCGAGAAUAUUCUGCUCGACGCGUCAUGGACCGUGAAGAUCGCGGACUUCGGCCUGGGGAACCUCAUGACCGAAGGGCAUUUCCUGCGGACGAGUUGUGGCUCGCCAAAUUAUGCCGCUCCCGAGGUCAUCAGCGGUCGUUUCUACUGCGGCCCGGAGGUGGACGUGUGGGGCUGCGGCGUCGUGCUCUACACGCUCCUCUGCGGCCGCCUGCCCUUCGACGAGAAAUCCCACGUCGCCCUCUACCAGAAGAUUAAAGCCGGCGCCUAUUCGCGCCCCACGCACGUCACCCCCGCUGUGCAAGACCUCCUAGCGCGUCUCCUAGUCGUCGAUCCGACCAUGCGCGCCACGAUCCCCGAGAUCCGACGGCAUCCGUGGUUCCUGCCGUGGUUCCUGCCGUCCGAUCUGAUCCGCCUGCAGGAGGACACGGCUGCCGGCCGGCCGGCCGCGCCGUUACAGCUGAACGCGACGGCGAUUUCGAAUCUGCAGGCCGUGAGGGUCACGGGGGAGGGGCGAGCGGUGCUAGCGGGGAAUUGGGUGCAAGAGGCCUUCGCGGCUAGGUUCGCUGGUGCAGGCGCGGGGGGGGAAGGUGGUAACGGCGGCGGCGGGGUGGGAGGUGAGGGGAAGAAGGGGAGGGAUGUGGGGAACGGGGGAGGGGGAGCGGCAGGGGGACAGGGGGUGACGCAAGGGCACCAUGGGCAUGGGCAGGGGCAGGGACAGCAGAAAGCGUUAUGGACAGAAGAUGGGCAGUUAUUACAGCGGAUAUGGGGCAGGGCGAAUUGGACCCCUGCCGUACCUCUCUUCCAGUCCUCCCAUACUAGCAACGUCGCUGCUGCUGCCGCACCCCUUGCUGCUGCCUCCACUGCCGCCGCCAGCGCCGCUGCCGCUGCUGCUGGAGCCAACGCCGCCGCUGCUGCUGCUGCCGCCACUGGUGUUCCAGGCGCCGGUGGAAACACAGCCGCCGCCGCAGCAGGAGCAGCUGCAGCAGCAGCCUCAGUAGCGAAUUCAGCCAACGCGGCCGCGACCUCCGCGGGACACGCAGCAAACGUGAUAGCAGCAGCAGCAGCGGCGAACCCGCCCAUGCAAGCCCCAUCCGCGGGAGCCACCAAGUGGUGGGACGCCGCCAUGCGAGUCUGCAUCUCCCUUCACCGCUCAGGCGCGAAGUGGAAGCGAAAACCCCCCUCCAACCCUAACACCUCCACCUCCUCAGCCUCCUCAGGUCCCUAUGUGCUCCUCUGCUAUGCGCCCUACCCGCCUGUAGCAACGGCGCUGCGUUAUCAGGGGUGUCUAGAGGCGGCUGUAGCGGCUGUAGCGGAGGAGGCGGAGCUGCAGAGGAGGCGGCAGCAGCAGCAGUACAGGUGGCGCGCUGCGAUUAGCGAGCGCGUGGAGAAGCGCCAGCGUGGCGGGGUAGCCGCCCUGCUCUCCCUCUCCCCGCCUAGACCUCUCACAGGGUCCCUCUCGUCCCCUGUGCUUAUAGAGCAAGCCAUCCCGUCCACCACCUCGUUUGAAGCACUUGCUGCAGCGCAAAAGAAGCUGGCUCAGGGGGGUGGGCCUGCUGCUGCUGCUGCGGCGGCUGUAGCAGCGGCUGUAGCGGCUGCUGCUGCGGCAGGUGUGGGAGUGGGUGGUUUUGCGCGGUUGAGCGCGCUUGGUGGCGGUGGUGGCCCUAGGGAGCAGUCGAAGCAGCAGCAAUGGUAG